GAAAUAUAUAUAUUUUGAAGUGAUUCACAUUUUAGAUUAUUCAUAUGGCGUCUGCGCAAUCGAACAACUGUUAUAUACUGUAGUAAAUCCAUUGUUUUUCUCUCAAGAUCUUCUUCGUCUUCCUCCUCACAGAAAUAGAUGGGGAAGGGCGAAAAGGUUGGGAGGAAAAGGAAUGUCAAGAGAGGAAUUGACUGUAAAUAUACUGGAUCGGAUGAUUCGGAUGAAGACUAUACUGUAGGAGAAGAUGAGGAAUGCAAUGAGUCAGAUGAAUGCUCUUCGUUUGCUGGAGAGGAAUCUGAUGAGAGUUUAUUUGAAUUUGAAGGUGAGAUUGAGGAUGAGAAGAAGAGAAAGGUUAAUAGGUCAAAAGGUCGAUGUUUUUCUGUUAGAAAUGUUCCAAAGAAAAGAAGGAGUUCCUAUAGAGAAGAAGAUGAUGGAGACUUCAAUGAUGAUGAUGAUUUUAAAGAUGAGGAAUUUACACCGGAUGAGAAUGAUUUAGAUGAUGAAGAAGAAGAUGAUGAUGAAGAGAUAGCCAAAACGUCUUCAAGGAAAAAGGGUUCUGUUAAAAAACUUAAGGGUAAGAAGAAGGGGAAAAGUAAUAUUUCGAAGAAGAGAAGAGUGACCAAUAACAAUGGAAAGAAUCUUCCUAGGAAGAAGAAAAGGAGUAGGACUACAGAGGAUUCUGAUUUGGAUAUUAUGAGUUCUAAAUCAUCAGACUAUGAGUACACAGUAUCCGAAGAAGAGCGCGAACAAUUAAUGGAAGCAAGUGAUUUUUGCAGGAAUUUAAGUCAUAACCUAAGGAAUUCAUCAUCAAAUUCAAAUGUCCACCAUAAAAGAGGACAGCCACCUAAGAAAAAACAGAAGACAAAGGUGGAUGACGUCUUGAAAAAGGAAGAAGGGAAGCAAGCUUGUGGUAUCUGCUUUUCUGAAGAAGGGAAUAAGAGGAAGAUAAGGGGGACAUUGAAUUGUUGUAGUCACUACUUUUGUUUCACAUGCAUUUUUGAGUGGUCUAAGGUUGAAUCCCGCUGUCCUAUGUGCAAACAAAGGUUCAAUAACAUCAGUAAGCCGUCGUCCAAAUCAAAUGCAGUUGUAAUACAAGUUCCAGAACGUGACCAGAUUUAUCAACCGUCUGAAGAAGAAAUUCUAAGUUAUCUCGACCCAUAUGAAAACAUGAUUUGUAUUGAAUGUCACCAAGCUGGUGACGAUGCUCUAAUGCUUCUGUGCGAUCUAUGCGAUUCACCUUCGCAUACAUUUUGCGUUGGCUUGGGCCGAGAAGUACCAGAAGGUAAUUGGUACUGUGAAGGUUGUAGACCAACUGUUGUUGGUCCCGGCUCCUCGAUACCACAAACACAGAAUCAUUCAAAUGAAAUUGAUCUUAAUGAAGCUUAUGUUCCUGAAACUCCACUUAGUCGGGUAAAUAGUUAUGUUUCUUCACAAGUAAACAGAACAAGGCCUUUUACAGUGUCUGAAAGGCGCAGGCUCCAACAUCGGAUCAACAUCCUUGUUAAUAACAGGGUAACUGCUUUUGUUAAUAGAAACAGAUUUGAAGAUUCAAUUCCUCAAAAUGAUCGUUCUAGGGAAGUAGCAUUCCAACCAACUGGUGGAAGGUCAGUUGCUUUAGGGUUUCAAGUGCGCAAUUGGGAUUUAUUUUCUUUGUCGAGUCAAACGGGCCAAACCUCUACUUCAGCUGAUAUUAGCGGAGGACCAACUGCAGGAUCUGAUGCAGGCAUAUCCAUGUUUGGACAAAGAGAGGACGUGAUUGGUCCGAGGGGAUCUCAAAGAGAUCCACGCACACUAUUUUAGCUGUAUUUAUGCGGCAACCUUGAGCACUGGGAAAUUGUGGUUUGUCGUUGUCCUGAUCGAGAAAAAUGUUAUGGAAAUCAUGAACAAGAAGAUGGCAUCAUUUUAUUAUAGGGGUUUAGUGAUUGAUGGGUGAAAUUGUUCACAAUCUUUUGCUAAUUGACCUUUUUCUUUGAUAUAGACAUUAUUUUCAUUGUUUGUUUUUUUCUCUCCAAGUCAAAAAUUGAUAUACCCUUUUAUUUUUCUUCAAUUUGUAGGAUUUAGGAAUUAAAAUAUUGUUGGAAUUGUUGAUAUGAAUUAUGGAUACAAUUGGCAACUAAUUUCCUUUGGUUUCUUCA